AUGGUGGCAGAGCUAACUAAAGCCUUAUCCAGACAGGGCUUAGAUAUGCGUGUUGCGGCUCUGGUAAAUGAUACAAUUGGUAAAUUAGCUGGAGGCAAAUACUUGAAUAAUAAUGUUGCAGCUGCUGUUAUCUUGGGAGCUGGAACAAACGCAGUAUACGUAGAGCGUGCACACGCCGUUCCUAAAUCAGGAGAAACAAUAAUCAAUAUGGAGUGGGGUAAUUUCUGGUCAUCACACCUUCCUGUGGCUGAAUUUGAUCAGGCUUUGGACCAGGGCAGUCUUAAUGUUGGCGAGCAGAUUUUCGAGAUAUUGUACGCCGAGUACUCUACAAAAUGGAUGUUGUUCCAACUUAAGAGUCGAUCCAUUUUGAGGACUCCUGAAAUGUCAGCCAUGCAUCAUGAUACAUCCCCAGAUUUGAGAGUGGUUGAGAGCAAAUUGAAUGACAUCUUUGGGAUAUCUGGUUCCUGCUUGGAGAGUACCCUCAAUGAGUAA